CUUACAAACAUCAGAUCAUCGUUCUUCGGGUGGGUAAGGUGUUUUCACGUUUGAUCGCGUCCCGUUUUGUGGUUGAGGUUUCGUGUACUUGUUCCGUUUCAGUUCUGUGUUUUCUUUGCUAUGUCUUACGCACCUUUUCUUCGGCUGUGUCGUGGUUUUGUUGGCAGACAAGUUUUAGGACCGAUCUUCGCGCGAAACAUGUCAAACGGACAAAAACAAAAGGUUCUAGUUACACGAAACGUACCUCAAGCUGCUAUUGAAAUAAUCAAGUCAUCUCAGAGGUAAAUAUCGUCUUAUAACUUGUCUAGAAUAGCGAUUUCUCCGACAAAAUCUUUUAAAUACGAUUUCACACAUACAAAAUUUGACUUUAGAACUUGUACACGUGUACAGAAUUUUAGACAACAGGAAUAGAAUAGUAGUAUUUUAGUUGUCAUUGUUUGUUUACUCUUCCAUUGAUAUGGAAUUAAUUCGCUCUUAAAAGUAAUGUGUUUACUAUUUCUGGGGAAAUAUUAGUCAGUUAUUGUUGUCUUGUUUCAAGUGCGAAGACUUAACGACAGAGGUUUCGUCGUCUACGGACAAUUAAAUUCUGAUAAAUUGUGCCCUGGGCCACAAGUUCGUAAUUUUAUGCGCCAUCGCCUUAAAUUCUUAUGCUCAUGGAAGAGAUUAACACGUUAUUCUUUGGAAUUAUCUACACAUGAUAAAAAAAAAAACAGGGAAUAAGAUCAGAAUUAAGCACAUCAGCAUAUUUUUAUCUUUAUAAAACAUUUAAUUCUUAAGGCUAGUUUGUAAAGAAUUGCUUUGCUGUAGGAAGGAAAAAUUUUGAUUUGGAGCUAACAAUAGUUCCUCAGGACUAACUAAAAGUUAUCUUAAUUUUUCCGAGGAACCAAUAUGGCCUUUUAAUAUGUGUAUCACAUAAAGAUGAUGUGAAACAAAAUGCAACAAAGACAAGAAACAGUACAUAGCAAUUACUAAUUAACAUAAUUUAUUGCAAUGAUUCAUUCUAACUUAAGUUUAGUACUUGGAGUGUUUCUCCUCUCAUACUCUUAUAUACACUCUUAAUACACAUAAAACAUUCUAAAGUAAAGCUUAAGUCUGAAACUCCCAAGAUCUUUUUGUUAAUUCUCCCCUCCAGCUCUACACAUUUCUUUAUAAAUUAGUUACAAGAAUUUGGUUUUAGAUCUAGUUAACCAAUUCAAACCUGAUGAGUUUGAGUAUUCUUGUGACUAAAUUGCUGGAUAAUGUAUGAAUGUUAUCAGGAGUUAUAUAUUAAUAACUUUUGGGAUUUAAGGGUUAGGGGAUUUGCUGUAUGUUGCAUUAAAAAACUUCUUGUCUUGUGUGAAGCUGUGAUCUGGACUAUUGGGACUCAGAAGAUCCAAUUCCAAGAGAUGAACUCCUGAAGCGAGUAGCUGGUCUUGAUGGACUUUACUGCCUUCUUACGGAAAAAAUAGAUUCUGAGUUGCUGGAUACUGCUGGUGGGUUAACGAAUGCAAGAAAUGAAAAUAAAAAUUGUAGUGUGGGGAUAUUUAACCAUGAGUUAAUUAGAUUAGUUAGAAGUACUCUUUAGUAUAAAUAAUUAUGUACACAUUCUGUUAAUAGCUUUUGUGGAUUUGUGAAACUGCUUUUGACCCUUUCCCCCCCCCCCCCAAAAAAAAAAAGCAACUUUGCACCCACCCUUUGCCCAAAAACAGUUAACUGAUAACAAGUCAAGGUUUCUGUUGGGUUAGGGGAGGAGUAGGUGGGCAGCUACUUAGAUAUUGACAUUAAUCUAUAAGUUCGUACAGAAAGAAUCUCACAUUACAUUGACAGUACCUUGUGAAAAACUUUUUAGCUGUAGCUCCCCUCUGCUUUACCCCCUUGGCUUUACCCAUGGAUUGAAAAUAUAUAAAACAUUCCUCUUCCUUCCUUGUUGGUUAAUUCUGCUGAACAGAAAACUGAAAAAGUAGUGAGAAAGAUGUACUUGUCUCUGUUAUCCAAUGUAGGACCUCAGCUGAAAGUUGUGAGCACCAUGUCAGUGGGUUAUGAUCACAUCAGUUUACCAGAAACAACGAAGAGGUGAGGAUUCCAGGUUAAGAGAGUAGGUUCAACACAUGAUGGUUUUGUAUAAUGGACAACGUACUUCAUUCUCACAGGAAACAAGGCUUUCUCUGAGGAGAAUCUAUUCAGUGCUUGAAAAUGAAUUAUUUUAGUUGCCACAGUGAUAAGAAAAAUAUUGGGGAAAGAUGUUUUAUCGUUAUGUCAUGAGAGCAGGACUAAAUUCACAAUGAGGAAUCAAACCUCAGACCUUCAGAUUGCGUGCUCUGAUGCUCUACCACUGAGCCACAGAAACUCUAUGGUGAGUGAGACGUCCUGCAUGCUGCGAGGAUCAGCAAUGUUGACAGUGUCAUGUUUGUAAAUAGAAUAAGAAAGAUGGGAAGUUUUUAGCUCGGUAAAGAAAUAGAGAAAGGUGUUUUUUCCUUAUGAGCAUGGGGUCAAUUCCUUGUGGGGACUCAGAAUUUUUCUCUUUCCUGUGCUUGCAACAAAAAAAAAACUUCUUUCUUUAUUUGUUUACAGAGGUCAAAAGUUACCAUCUCUCUUAUUCUAUUUACCAAAGAGAAUUUUUUUGUGGCUACAUUUGUAUGGAAAGUCACCAAUUUGAUGACCUGCAUUCUGCAAUCAUAUAGCAAGUUGUUAGGUUUUUGUUGUGUAGUAUGUGUAGUCUAAAGUCAGGGUGUGUAAAACUUUGUAUAUAGCACUAUCAUAGUUGUGUUGCUUUCCUACAAAAAAAAAAAGAAACAUUUUGAUUUUUUGCCGUGAUCUUAUGUUGUGAGGUUGCUACAUAACAUAAAUUUGAUUUUGACUAGAUUCGAGUGGAGCAUCUUGGAAUCCUCCUAUGAUUAGAAGCAACUUGCAUUUUCUUGCACUUCAAGCAGUUUGCUUUCUCAUUUGCUACCUAGGAUGUUUCCUUUGUUCUCAUUGACUCCUUAUAAUGUUUUUGUUUGUUCUCAUUGGGUCCUUAGGAUGUUUCCCAUGUUCUUAUUGGCUCUUGUUAUGUUUCCUUUGUUCUCAUUGGCCCUUGUGAUAGCUUUAGUUUUGAUUUUACCACACUCAAUUGAAAUGUGCUUAGAUACUUUAUAAAGAAACCAAAAUAAAUAUAAUUUUCCCAAUCUAAUUGGUAACAUUUUAUUUUCAGGGGUAUUGCUGUUGGCCACACUCCAGGUGUACUAACAGAUGCUACUGUAAGUAUUUAGUCAAUGGUUAAAAUAGAUGAAGUGUAAUUUCUCCUUCAGGGCCAUUUCAACAUUACAUGAGACAAUGUAAAUGUCAGGGUAGAGCUGACAGAAGCUUUUGUUUUCUGAAACAAUGCAGAACAAAGCAAGCUGAGUGAGUUGAAUGACAAAAGCAAAAACAUCCUCAAGAUUUUUUUUUUGCCUUUUUUUAUGGAGGACACAAAAAACAUGUUGAAAUUUUUGGGUUUGCUUUGGUCAUCUACAUCUAAGCUGUACUGUAUAUCCAUCCACUUGUGAUUACGCCUGGUGAAAAUAUUUGAAGGAUCUUUAAGGAUCCUUAAAAAUCUUCAUAAGGACCCCUGAGUAUCCUAUUAAGGAUCUUUAUGAGGUUCUUUGGAAAAUCUUCAAAGAUCUUCUUGAUCUUUCAUUUUCUUGCAAAGAUCUUCAAGGAUCUUUCAUUUUCCUUUCAAGAUCAUUGAAGAUCUUGACAAGAACUUUGAAAAUCCUCAAAUGAUCUUUGAAAAUUAUUUGAGGAUCUUCCAAAUUCUUGCCAAGAUCUUCAAGGAUCUUUCAUUUUCUUGCUAAGAUCUUCAAGGAUCUUUCAUUUUAUUCAGAGAUCAUGCCAAGAACUUCAAAGAUCCUUGAAAGAUCUUUAAAAAUUCUCUGAGAAUCCUCAAAAUUCUUGAUAAGAUCUUUGAGGAUCUUUCAUUUCCUGCCAAGAGCCUUAAAGAUCUUGACUGGAUCUUCAAAGAUCCUGACAAGAACUUUGAAAAUCCUCAAAUGAUCUUUGAAAAUUAUUUGAGGAUCUUCCAAAUUUUUGCCAAGAUCUUCAAGGAUCUUUCAUUUUCUGGCCAAGAUCUUCAAGGAUCUUUCAUUUUAUUCAGAGAUCAUGCCAAGAACUUCAAAGAUCCUUUAAAGAUCUUUGAAAAUUCUCUGAGAAUCCUCAAAAUUCUUGAUAGAUUCUUUGAGAAUCUUUCAUUUCCUGCCAAGAGCCUUAAAGAUCUUGACUGGAUCUUCAAAGAUCUUGACAAGAAUUUUGAAGAUCCUUAAAAGAUCUUUGAAAGUGUUUGAGGAUCUUUCAAAUUCUUGCCAAGAUCUUCAAGGACCUCUCAUUUUCUUGCCAAGAUCUUCAAGGAACUUUCAUUUUCUUGCCAAGAUCUUCAAGAAUUUUUUCAUUUUCUUGUCAGGAUCCUUGAAGAUGUUGCCUGGAUCUUCAAAGAUCUUGAGAAGAAUUUUGAAGAUCCUUAAAAGAUCUUUGAAAAGUAUUUGAGGAUCUUUCAAAUUCUUGUUAAGAUCUUCAAGGACCUCACAUUAUCUUGCCAAGAUCUUCAAGGAUUGUUCAUAUUCCUGCCAAGAUCCUUGAUGAUCUUGUUAAACUUUAGAGGUCAUGUCAAACAUUUUGAAGAUCCUUAAAGUUCUUGGCAAAAAUGUCGUAGAUCCUUCAAAAUUUUGUUAAGAAAAUCAGAAGAUACUUAAAGAUAGGUUUAUGGGGUGAAGCAUGAACUUAGCCUUAACCUUGUUAACUAUUGAAGAAUGGAUGUAGAGGUCUGAUAUGUAAACUUGGUGUAAACAACACAGGUGACAAUAGGUUUAGGGCCAAAAGAAGAAACCUCAUAGUAAGUUCAAAAGAAAAACUGAACCAAACAUUGAAAAAAGGAAGAUAAAAAUAUUUCUUAUUGCCAUAUGAGAAUUAGUCAUCCUCUUUUAACAAUUGAAAAAGGCCACAAAGAAACAAAACAAUAUAUAAAGAUUGAUUAUACACAACUUUUGAAUUGUCUUAAUCAAACACUUUUUGAAUUGCCAUUUUAAAUAAAUAAAACAAAUACAAAGUACUACUUUUAUUCAAAAUUUAGGGCCAAGUACCUUUGAGCUGUACCAUAUUUCCUUGAACAAGCACCCAGGCACUUAUUUUAUAUUCUGCCCAGAAGGAGGGGUGCUUAUUGGGAGAAGGUCUCUUAAGCGAGGGGGUCACUUAUUAAGAAAUUAUCAACAUGUUCAGAUUCCAUGGUGCUUGAAGCUUAAAAAGUUCCAGAAAAAACUUGGCUGCUGUAAUAGAAACAGGUUUUCCUUUUAUCCCUACUAUUUAAGAAAGAGAGGGAGAAGGGGGGGUGCUUAUUUGACAGGCACGCUUGUUUGGUUUUAUGGCCUAGGAGGUUGGUGCCUAUUUGGGGGAGGGUGCCAAUUAGAGCCACGGGGUGCUCAUUUGAAGAAAUACAGUAUCUAAGGAUAAUUAUAAUCACUGAGUCUGUUUCUUCCUCAAAUCAUUACACUUUUGAUUGAUAGCCCUUUGAAUAUCAGGCCACAAUUUGUUCAUGGUCUUUGCUGAGUACUUCCUUAUGAUACAACCUGGAAAGAAAAAAAAACAGAGAACUUGUGGGUUGUGGCAUUCAUCAUAUAACUCUUUCAUUUUCUGCAUGAGUACAUUGUACUAUCUGUGGACUUGUAGCAGACUUUCAACUCACUUCCACCAAAACUGCAAACUCAUCUCAACACAACAACUGAUUCAUGUCCAUUCUGCCAACAAUUAAUUGACAACACUUAUGCUGAAAAAGUGAAAUAUUUUUGGGAUCAAGUGGUGUCCUCUUAUACUUGCCUUUCAAAGGAGGAACCAUCCCCACCAACAUUUCCUCUUAUGUGAACACUACCCCUGCCAACCUGGUAGCAUACCAUGUUGGGUCCUUCAGGGGUACCUUUUUCAAAUGCAAGUUUUCAAUUUGUGUACAUUUUAAUUACUGCUCAAAGUUUAGCAACCAAGAGAAAAUAGAGUACUGGAGUGCAAAAUCUGAUAGUCUGGGGCUCAAUGCCCUUGUAGCACUCAUUUGUUGUUUAUUUAGCUCUUGUAACAUAAUAAGUGACAUCUUUCUUUAGUCAUUAUUUACCUUCAUUAUGCCAUAAUUUCUUUUUGAAGGCCACCCUGACUGUAGCAUUACUUCUGGCAACACAAAGAAGACUAAUUGAGGCUGCAGGAGAGGUGAAAAAGUAAGUUCCUGAAGUACUUUUUCCCAGGCCAUUCCUUUAAUUUGAUUUAUUUCCAAUCUUUAGCCAUUUUAAUGCCAAUAAAGAUGUAUAAGUACACCACACAGAGGUAUCUUCCUUGAAUAGUCCUUUGUUUGAUACAUUUUUAGAUGCAAGUGAGAAAAACCAGGCCUAUGUAUAGCAACUGUUAUAAGAAGUUAAGGCUAUUGGUGAAAGUUUGGAUUAGGCUGAUUGAAAAAAACAAUUCUUGUCCCGGUUUACAUUAUCCUGCACCCUAAGGUACAACAUAUGAUCAGAAAAAAAUUUAUUAAAAAAUUAUCAGUCGUUAACCCUUUCAAUCUCUAGUUUUUCUCCACAAUUGUUGCACAAGCUUGGAAACUAAAAUACUUCUUCCCUUCAAAUUACACUGACCUUCAAGGAAUCCUUCUAACAGGGAUCCCACUCACAGAAUUCCUACUCACAGGGUACCUACUGACCUGCUUGAAGUACCUUUCAAAUCUGCUAACAAAUAGCAAUCAAAAUUAUUUCAUUGUGACAUUUUCUAGUGGAGGAUGGGGAACAUGGAAACCUCUUUGGAUGUGUGGACGAACACUAACAGGCAGUACUGUUGGCAUUGUUGGAUUUGGAAGAAUUGGUUAGUAGCAGAGAACACAAAUACUAUUUUAUUACACUUUUACUGCUAUCUGAGUAACAAGGGUCCUAACCAUUUAACUUUUGAAAUUGCUUGAGUUACAUAAAACUAUCCAAACGAUGGCAACAAACUUGUCAGCUUGAUGAAGUUCUCUUAAUAUAAGACUUAAUUCUCCAAACUAAUUCAAAAGAAAUUGUCUGAAAGCUCGAAGGGAGGAUUACUCUUAAGGGAGAUCAACUGAGUGGAUAACAGUCACAUUCAAGGGAAGGAUUCGGGGGGUCUGGACUCCUGUCAAACAGAUGGGUAUAUUUACCACUUAUUUGAAACAAAAAUUCUUCCAACCAUUGGAUUGUAUAGAUCAUGCCAGUACAUGUACUCAACUUUGGAUAUCUGAAAUUUAACUGUCUUGAAAUAUUUCUUAGCUUAUUACAUGCUCUAGUGUAGAGAAAAACUCAGUAAUUUCUGUCAAAUUACAGUUUUGACUACCUUCCUCGAUCAAAAAAUCCUGUAUCCACCACUGACAUGAAGUACUGUUUUAAAGGAAAGUUACUGAUCUGAUCUCAGAAAAAAAAACGGAAAUCUUGCGCCAAACUACUGUACCUUUUAAAUGAACUGAUAAUAUAUGAUUAUUUGGGUAGAUAGUUCAGUUAUCUUUCAAUUAUUAUCUCUGCAUAAGAGCCAUGUUUUGUCAUUCAUUGUUCAGAUUAGCCACAUCCCAGUGUGUUCUCCUCAAUUGCAGGCAUUGCUGUGGCACAAAGACUAGCUCCAUUUGGUGUCUCUAGAUUUCUUUAUUGUGAUGUCAACAAGAAGCCCGAAAGUGGUAAGACUUUAACCAUAUAUUAACGUUCGUUUCCUUACAUGAACGUAGCUUUACAGCUGUGGAACUUUCCAUAACAGCCACCCUGAGGACAGAGAAAAAAGGUAUUGUUGAAACGUGGCUGUUAUUGGAAGUUAUAGGGGUGAUGUAUGACAUUUGUUUUUUAAAAGGCAUUUGACUAUAUUUUUUGUUUUGGUUUUGAAAAAUGCUUAGUCUGGCAUAUCCUUACAAGCGGAAGUAUCGCAGGACUGAUACCAUGAAGGGUGGGUAUCGGGAGACAGAGGGGCACAAACGUACGGGAGGCAGGAGGCUGGGAGCCCCCUGUCUCCGCACCCUGAAAACCUAAAAUUAAUUUGGGUGAUUGCAUUAAAUAUCAACUUUUGUUCCAUGCUUAAUGUAAUGGGUUUCAGAUACAGUUGAGUGAAAUACUGCAGUGUGUACAUGUACAGUUGGAGACAAUCUGUAGCUAAAACAAAUCUUUUGAUUUCAGUGGAAAAAUUGGUUUCACCAAAGGCAGAGCACGGUACGAUUUUACUUUUCGUUAAGUGUAAUGAUGUCUGCUUACUACAAGUAGGUUUGGUAUUGUUUGGGAUGAAUUAUAAAUUUGCUGGUGGAUAAGAUAGCAAAUCAUUAAUUAAUCUCAACAGGUUAAUUGCAGUUAGGGUUAUUUUUCGGUUAUGAAAAAAGUCUGCCUUACGCGAAUGUAAUAUCCUCGUAUUUCAGUUGACAUGGACACCCUGUUGAAAGAAUCCGACUUUGUGAGUGCACACACAGCUCUGACAGAUGAAACAGCAGGUAAAAAUGAAUGGCACCUUUUUUGGCUGUCGAUAUGAAACCAAAACUAUAAUAAUCACAGAGGAAUCAGAAAAAGAGAAAUUUGUCAACCGUUUUACUCCAAUUCUCGUGGCUGUCUACCAUAUAUUUCUUACAAAGUUUGUUCUGAGAAGUUGGUCUCAUUCAAUAGAUUAGAGUUCGUAAGGUAGAGAUGUUCUCAAAGAUGCCAAAAAACCAUUUUUUGUAGGAAUGUUCAAUAGGAAUGUCUUUUCCAAGAUGAAAAGAAGUGCAGUGUUUAUCAAUACCAGUAGGUAAGGUGAAAAGGGAGUGUUUUGAUCAUUGGAGCUUUGUCUUUCUGUUGUAAGAGCUGUCAGUGUCUGUGGACGAUGUCUUUUUCACAAAUGUUAUUACAUACGUCUGUAGACUCUGUUGAGUUAUAGAACACAGAUAACGCUCAGCCGAAUGUGUCUCUGAUGUUCUUACCAUAUUUGUUUGAAAUUGUGUUCAAAUAACUUGAUUGACUUGUUGAGAUCAUUUAUUUGCAAAUUUCUUUAUCUUUAUUAAGAGGAGGAGUGGUAAACCAGGAGGACUUGUAUGAAGCACUUAAGAGUGGACAAAUAUGGGUGAGUAAACAUCUGUUUAGUCAGGAGACUCGGUGACCUAGGAAUUAGCGCGCUGAAUUGUGCAUCGAGAGGUUUGGGUCUGAGCUCUGACUGAGACAUUGUUCUUCCUAGGCAAGACUGCUCUCUCAAUCCCACCAAUCAGGAAUUUAGAUUAGUAGCGAUGGAUUUUCAGGCCAUAUGAUGAAAAACUAUGGGAGGGGGGCGGGAGAGUACACAGUUAUGUCGUGCUCGAUGUACGAAUACAUCUCUAGUAUAUCAUUUCCACACAACAGUACUGCUAUGAUUUGAAUGAGACGAUUGCCUUGAGAAAUCAAAGUAUGUCUGGAAUUGGCUAUCCUCGUUUCCGCCGUGCGUUUCUCUGCUUUUGAAGUACACUCAAAGCAUUUUAGUCUGUCCUUCGUUCCUUUGCGCUUUUUUCGUAUAAAUUAAACCUUUCCCAGGGUUUUUUUCAUAGAUAAGUCGCCGAGCGAAUCCAUGCUGCGCGGGUUCAUCGUUAGUCUUAUAGAAGAAUGGGCAUAUUCUUCUAAUGUUAAAUAAAAUUUAAGCUGUACUUGCAUUUCUGAAUAGACGGCAAAAUGUGCCAUGCCUUAAACCGCAUUUUAAUAGCAAGUUUUUUUGUUAAAAAGUUCCUCCUCAGCGGGAAGUAGUACAUCAGUUAUAGGGGAAAAUAACUUUUCAAAGGAAAGCUCGUUAUAUAUUUACGCCUUUGUUAUUGAUUUUGUUGUUGUUCUUUGUAGGGUGCUGGACUGGAUGUUACAGUUCCUGAACCUCUUCCAACAGAUCACCCGCUUUUGUCUCUAAGCAACUGCGGUAAGAAAAAAAUUUGUAUUUUAAAACAUGUAGGCAUUGAGAGAUGUAACAAAAGCAAGACACGCAAUUACUGAAGUUGUAUCUUGUCAGCUGUUUUUUUUUUUUUUUCAGCAUUUGGGGAGUUAGAAAAAGAAAAGAGAUUGUCCGAUCUAUGAUGAUAUAAGUUACCUUUACUAGAAAUUUAAAAUGGGACCACGUUCUCUGUUCUCACUUUAUUACUUUUCCUACGACGCAUUUUUCUCAAUUUUGGUCCCCAUUUGGAGACUGAAAAAGCUAAUGGUAAGCCCUUCAACACAGCGCUUAAACUUUUGCGCAUUUGCGAACGUUGUAGUGAAUAUGUGGCAUGCUUUCGUGCUGUCAGAGCCAAGUUGCCUCACACGAGUUACACCAACCACACAUGCCAGUAAGUCACGGUGUUUUUGAAGAAUGUAACUCUCGGUGAAGCUCAAACAGAAUGGGAAAUCAACAAGAUACCCGUUCUUAAGUAAGCUUUGUGUUCGUAAAGAAGGGAGCUUUUCUUUUCCAUUCUUUUGUUUCGUUUUACAGAUUUCUAUGAAGGAUUCAAUUUUCUUUCGCUUAUUUUGCGGGAAACGUGUUGUUUCUUCUGUUAUCCUUCGAAAUUUUGCGCGGGGAAUUGGCGUGCGGGUGGCCCAAAUUGAUUCCUUCGCACAUGCCUGACAGACAUGACAUACAAUGGGGGAAUUGAAAAUGUAAGCAAAAAAGUCAUUUUGUGCCUUAUUUUCCUCGUUUCAGUUAUACUUCCUCAUAUUGGCAGUGCAGAGGAAUCCACUAGAGAAGCUAUGGCAACCUUAGCCGCGAGAAAUCUCUUGGCCGGACUUGCAGGAGAAAGUUUACCCGCUCAAGCUAAAUAAGAAGCCUUUUAAUUAGCUUCCACCCAAUUCCAUCUUCAUCCAAUCCCUCUUCAGGGUAUUGUACGGAGUGUUGUGGGGUCGUGGAAUGUAAUUCGGCUAGAGACAAGAUAUUUUUCUUACGUGUAUUCUGAGGCAAAUGCAACGCAAUUGAGGAACGUUUAUAUAGGGACUGGUGUGAGUAAUGCAGGAAAUUAAGCUUAACGAAUCGCAUACCCAUGAACCUUUACAAGAUUUCCUCUGAGCUGGUUAGGGUGUUACAUCCAGAGAACGUAAUAGCAGAGGUCUUGUGAGCGAAAUUUUGUGGAAUUUGAUGGUACAAACGACAUGAUUCUUUUAUGAAAUGCUACAGAGAAAUUUACAUUUAGUGCAAACUAUAUUUAUCUGCUAUUAAAAGUAAAUGGAUACGUCAUGAAGUAACUGUGGAUAAAUACAAGUGACUUUAAUUUUAUUUGUAUUCAUGUGUUAAGCCGUCUUUUCUGUUUCCUUCUGGCCAAAUGAAAUUGAUAUGUUUGAGUAACCACAACAAAAUUUCCGCG